AUGUCGUCGCCCGGUGACAUGAUGGACAUUUCACCCCUUCCUCACAAGCAGCCCUGCUUCGUCGCUCACGUCACCCUCCCCUCGCCCUCGCCCGAACCUGUCAACGACGACGACGAUGACAUGCUCUCGUGCCAGGAGGCUCUUUCGCUUCCCAUGCCUGAGAAGCCUUCGCCCAUGCCUCUCCCCGAGCGCAAGAAGUCGUCCUUCCUCAGACCUUCCCUGGUUAGAUCCAAGGGCCACUCAUACUCGACCACAUCAGUCCCCACACAAGAACACAAGCUCCCCACAUUCAAGUUCGGUGGUGCCGGCCUCAGCUGCACCUCGAGUCCUUCAUCAGAUUGCGAGUCAUCGCCUUCAAAGUCAUAUCUUGUCCCUCCCUCUCGUCGCACUUCGCUCUGUCGCAACAACGGCUCUCCUCUGGGUUCGCAAGUCCGCAAGUCCGCCGCCGUCCGCCCUCCUCCUAGAAAGCAGGUGCGCCGUUCGCUUAGCAUGUUCCAGCACCCCGACGAUGUCAUCAAUGGCCAGCAGGACGACUACUCACAUAUCAACUCGUCUCCUUCUGUCUCCAUGGACCUCGACGAGCCCUACAAACAAAAGCUUCCUCACUUCUUCAACGAGGAAGAGCCCGACAGCCUCCCCCGUGUCAAGCAGGACACUCUCAUCAAUGUCCUCAAUGGCGACUACAACUCUCACUACGACAAGAUCUUGAUCGUUGACUGCCGUUUCGAGUACGAAUACAAUGGUGGCCACAUCAACGGUGCCGUCAACUACAACGACAAGGACAAGCUGACCACCGACUUGUUCGAACACGGCGGUGUCACUCCCAACACUCUCUUGAUCCUCCACUGCGAAUACUCCGAGCUCCGUGCCCCUCGCAUGGCCAAGUUCAUUCGCAACCGUGACCGUGCCGUCAACGACUUCCAAUACCCCAAGCUCACCUUCCCUGAGAUGUACAUUCUUGAAGGCGGCUACAGCAAGUUCUUUGCUAGCCACCGUACCAAGUGCUUCCCUCAAAGCUACGUUGAGAUGCACCACAAGGACCACGAGCAGGAGUGCGAAAAGGGCAUGGGCAAGCUCAAGCAGCGCGCAAAGCUCAACCGUGCUCAGACUUUUGCCUUUGGCCAACAGUGCAACAUGGAGGACAGUCCUACCUCCGGUAACCGCAUGGGCCCUCGUAGUCUCAGCACCAUCGGCAUCUUUGACGCCAGCCCAGACAACUCCCCUCUGAGCCACAAUCUUGUGCGUCGUCUUGCUUCGUACUAA